CCAGGAGCAUGACCCUCAACAACCGCCCUCUCUUUCACUCGGAUGGUGAACUCGGCAAGACAUGGGCAGAAUGUAAGGUAGCCAAGCAUAUAUUAGAAGUGAUGGAGCUGUGUCAACAGUCCAUAUAGUACUGGUUCUGUUCCCUGGGUCUCGAUUCUUGCCGUAUUCUCAGUUGCUUGCGAACUUGCAGUCUUGUUGGACCUCCUGGGUUCUUGAAGCUCAAAGACGGACUUGUACCAAACUAGAAGGCAAUCAGCGAGACAAGUCCAACAAAAUGCAGCUCAAAGCCUUCCUUGCCGCGACGGCGGCACAGCUCGUCACGGCGCAGGAGCUCAUGCGGUUUGGCUGCUCGCAGCUGACGUUCGACCGAAUUGACCCCUUGGUCAACCCGGGCAGUCUGCCGUCGCCGCACAUGCACCAGCUUAUUGGCGGCAACUCGCUCAACGUCAGCAUGCCGCCUGUCGAACACGAUCCUCCGACCAAGUCCACGUGCACCAGUUGCACCUAUUCCGAGGAUUUCUCCAACUACUGGACGGCCAAUGUUUACUUCAGGGCCCGCAAUAACACCUUCAAGAAGGUUCCCCUGGUGACCAACCUGGGUCUUCGAGUCAAGGGCGGAAUGACUGUCUACUACAUCCGAGGAUACCAGUCCAGCGCCAAGGUUACGGCGUUCAAGCCGGGCUUCCGCAUGCUCGUCGGCGACCCGAACAACCGGGACGCCAGCAAGGUCCCGCCCGGACUGUGCUUCCGGUGCGAGGCGAACAUGGAGCAGAACCCGUUCGGCGGCGCGCCGUGCACGGGGUCCGACACCAAGUACUUCCCCAAGUCAACAUGCGGCGGCGGGUGGCGCGUGACGGUCACCUUCCCUACGUGCUGGGACGGCAAGAACGUCGACACGCCCGACCACAAGAGCCACGUCACGUACCCGGCCCGGGGCACCUUCGAGAGCGGAGGUGCCUGCCCGAGCACGCACCCGGUCAAGAUCCCGCAGGUCAUGUACGAGGUCAUGUUCGACACGCGCCAGUUCAACAACAAGGCCGAGUGGCCGGCCGACGGGUCGCAGCCGUUCUACUGGAGCCACGGCGACAACACGGGCUACGGCAUCCACGGCGACUACGUCUUUGGCUGGAAGGGCGACGCCCUGCAGCGCGCCAUGGACUCCAAGUGCGCCGGCGACAACUGCAGAGCCCUCCAGCGCCAGUCUGACGCCCAGGCCAUUGCUUGCACCAAGAGCCAGUUUGCUCAUGAGGACAUUGGCGAGAACUCUUGGCUCCCGACUCUCCCGGGCGAUCCUGCUAUCUUUUAAGCUGAUAAAGCUUCAAGCAGUACUUAGCUCAACCUUGCCAGGGACUUAGAUGUUGGGUCGAUGGGGCAAGUGUGGUUAUCCAAGUAGCCGGUGUUUCUCGCCUCGCUGUUUACAUUAAGGAAUAGUAUGAGCCUAUCUUCACUGUCCUAUGUUUGUCAGUUCUUAUCAGCCUGUCAGAUACAAGUUGUUAAAGCCAAGUUUGCCGUCCUUUUGCAGGAUAGAAAGUUCCCCCUUUUGGUUGAAAUAGUUGUGGAAUGAU